GAAAAAAAUCACAGCAGUUACAUUGUAAAAUGCUCAGGGAAUUGGCAAAAUAAUAAACUAUCCCAAUUUAUAGCAUCCACUUCGUUCUCACUUCCGUUCUACUCGUUUAUUUCUGUUGAGAGAAAAGUUCGCGAAUGUUCCCGAACGUCUCGCGCGAGUUUCCGGCUGAGGAGAGACCCGGCGUCUAACGAAGCGCGAUAUAAUAAAAAAGAGGGAGUUUUUAAAGGUUGCGAAGAUUUCAUUUGUGUCGUAAAGAUGUCCGUGUUGUGUUAUAAUAAAGGCUGCCUGCAGCGGUUUGAUCCAGAAAGAAAUCCUGAAGAUGCGUGUACGUACCAUCCAGGAGUUCCUGUUUUCCAUGAUGCUCUGAAGGGUUGGUCGUGUUGUAAAAGACGGACGACGGACUUCUCUGAUUUUCUCAGUAUUGUGGGCUGCACUAAAGGUCCUCAUAACAGCGAGAAGCCGCUGGAACCCGUGAAGCCGGACGUGAAGGUCUCAGGAGAGAAGAAAGAGCUGGAGGAUCUCAGACCCAGGUUUAAUGAGUGCGUCAUCCAGGCGCCCAAACCUCUGGAGCUCAUACAGAGACCCAGCUCUGAUGAGCCGCUGGUGGAGCUGCGGAGGAAAGUGUCUCCGUCUCUCCGUCAGGCGCUCGAGAAACUCAGACUCACAGCCGCUGACCAGCCUGAAGAAAAAGACGAGGAAGGAAGUGAGGUCAAAAUUGGGACGACGUGUAAAAAUGGAGGCUGCUCGAAGACAUACCACGGACCAAAGACUGAUGAGGAGGUGUGUUUAUAUCAUCCUGGGGCGCCCAUCUUCCACGAAGGGAUGAAGUACUGGAGCUGCUGUAAGAGGAAAACGUCAGACUUUAAAUCCUUCCUGUGUCAGGAGGGCUGUAAUAAAGGAUCGCACCAGUGGAGGAAAGACACGGCUAAGAAAGUGGCUCCAUGUAGAUUUGAUUGGCACCAGACAGGAAGUCAUGUGACCAUGUCCAUCUAUGCGAAGAACUCGAACCCUGAGCUCUGUUCUGUGGAAGUGAACAGCACCUCGCUUAAAAUACAUUUAAACUUUGAGGGAGAGAAAGAGUUUGAGCUGAAGAUGAAUCUGUGGGGCGUAAUUGAUAUCAGUAAGAGUGUAGUGAACCUGAUGGCUGCUAAAGCGGAGAUAGUCAUGAAGAAGGCGGAGCCUAUGGCCUGGGCCCGGCUGGACCUGCCCCCUCCGAAGCCUGCAUCGACCAAUGAAAAGACAGAGAGUCGAGACGGACGGAGAGUGAUCGCUUGACGAGCCGGACGACCGCGAUUAAGUGCUUUUAGUCUGUUCAGUGCAGGUCUGUGUUGACGCACACGGCUGAACGGGCAGUCGAAAAGAGAUUUAUUGAUUAAUUGGGGGUUCAUAAAAAUCAUAAUGUGCAUUCGUGUUGGAUGAGCGCAACUGUGGACUAUUUAAUUCGAUGUGAACGAAAAGCUGAUGGAAAUACAUUUAAACAAUCCUACGUUUAUUAAGUCAUCAAUGGUUAAAAUAUAGCAUUUACGCAGCAGUCAACUUGUAAUCGUAUUCAUAUUUUUGUCCACUGUUAAUUAGGAUAUUUAAUUGAGUGAACAAUUAAUAAGUCUCACGGUCUUGGUUUCAGAUUUUAAACGGUUUCAGUUUUUAUCUGUCAGUUUGGCAAUCAACCUGAUUUGGUCUAGCAGUUCUUGCUUUUCUACUCUAAAGUCAGAUAUGAUUUCUGUAUGCUUUUUUUUUUUUUUUUUUUUUAUCAUCAUUAUUGGUUAAGGAUUUGGUUCAGGCUUGUUUUCAGCGUCUGUAACGUAGUUAGCUGCUCUAAUAUGCAAAUAUGCUUCUUUCUGACGGCUUUUUCUAUUCCACGUUGUUGCGUGGUGAUUCUGAAUUCUCAUCAUUUCCUGUCAUGAGCUUUGGUCUGUGGUUUGGCUGUCUGUAGUCCUGAAUGUAGAGACCAGAAAACAAACCACCCAUAAAAACACAUGCUGCGUAGACUUACUCAGGUUUGGUUCAACUCCAAAAAAGCGCAGUAAAUCAGUUUUUUUUUCCCCAUCUGAAUUCAUCUUUUGUGACACUGUAUACAUUAAAUAAUUGUACUGUACUCUCAAA